AUGUCGGGUCGCGUCCGAAAACAAUCGGAUUGCCCUGUGGGCAAGCAGGGUCCUAUGAGAGCGACAUUGCCGGUCUCUUCAAUAAUGAAACCAAGUGGCGGAUUAAAAAAAAAUACUGGCAACAGCCCCACUCUUUCACCCACCAAUGUGUGGCGACGGAUUUCCCCUGAUCACGCUCUUUCCGGUCAGAGGAGCCCCGGAGCUGUCAACUAUAAAGGUAAAGGAUCCAGUGUAAUUCGACGCACAGCGUCCUUAGAUACUUUGUAUCAAAAAGGGAAAUGGUCAAGAGACUACUAUCUACAUGCGGGGCAGUUACAAGUUGAUAAAUCCACUCAAACUGAUGAUGGAGGUGGUGUAUCUGGAAGGUCAUCAAGAGGCUCAGAAGAUGAUAAGCUAGAUCGUUUUCUUCGUAGUCGUCUGCAGAGACCACAUAAACCAUCAGGAUCUGGAGAUUUUUCUGCACAUUCUAUGAGUCCUGGACUAUGGUCCCGUUUUAGUGGUGGUGCAGUGCCCUUAAGGGCAGCUCGUUCCUCAGUGGAGGGUUUAAACCAGGAAAUUGAAAGACUUGUACUUUGUCCAGCCAGCGGCACUCAGACUCCUCAUCUUGAUAGAUUAAAGGAUAAGGUGACACCUGAAGGUCACCGAGCUCCACUGGCCGAUCUCCUCCGGAGAUCUGUCAACACUCAAACGCCGCACGAUCUCUGUCACACUGCACACUCCUCAGAUCCACCAUCCCGAGGGUCACUGUCGAGUGCCGGCUCGGCUGAGCUUCUCGCCACAGGUGGAAGUGUCUGUUCGUCUCCAGAUCUCGAUGGCUCGAAACUGGGGACUUCGCCACAGAUCAAUAGAUUCUUGGCCCGUGAACCCCCAGACGGUUGUGAAAAGGUGAACCUGAAGUCGGGCGACGGCACCCACACGGAGUCGGUGUCGGUGAUGAAGCCCUCGGCGCCGGGUUUCACCCUGCGGCCGUCCGUGUGCUCGGCCUUCCAGCCUCUGCAGCCGCACCCCCCGGCCUCCGACUAG